AUAAAAGUGUUAUAAAUAUAAUAAAUAUAUUAAUUUUGAUAGAAUUUGUAAAUAAAUUUUGAUAUUAAAAUGCCAAAUAUUUCAUUGGACAAACGUACCCUCGGAUUUCCUUCUGCAUCCGGUUCCUCGUCUCCUUGUCCUUCGUUUCCUUGUUCGAUUUCUCCCCUCUAAUCUUCUCUCUUUCGCCGACGACACUACCAGCUCCUUCAUCUCAUCAAGGUUUUAUACCGUCCGCCUCUCUUCGAUCCUGCUCCUGGGCUCCUCUAGAAUGGAUUGGCAAGGGCAGAAGCUAGCUGAGCAACUGAUGCAGAUAAUGCUGCUAGUAUUUGCAGUGGUGGCCUUCACUGCUGGCUAUAUAUUAGGAUCAUUUCAAACUAUGAUCCAAAUUUAUGCUGGUGGAGUGGUUCUCACUACAUUGAUUACUGUUCCAAAUUGGCCUUGGUUUAAUCGCCAUCCUCUCCAAUGGUUGGAUCCUAGUGAAGCAGAGAAGCAUCCCAAGCCUCAGCUUCAGCCUGUGAAUUCGAAGAAGAAAUCGGCUAAAAAGUAGGUCUUUUUAUUUGAAAUUGUAGUAUUUGCUAGGGUCUUUUAGUUGCACAAUAGAAUGGAAUGUUAUGCUGUGAAUUGGAUAUUACAAUGAAGUUGUUUGCCAUAAAUUUUGAAGAUUUAGACGGUGGCUAGAAUUUUUAUCA